CAGCUGCCCCGGCCGACCCAUCACACCAUCCUCUUAUCAGGCGGGGUGCGUGUCCGAGAGCUGUAGGGCGCCGCCGGGCUCACGCCUUUCUCUCUCGCACCCACGCAGGUCCCGCUCCACACGGCGUGAGAGAGGGACGGAGAGCGACACCGCCCGAGAGACAAGGGGGACACCACCGCCGCCGGCUUUGACGGCCAGCCCGGCAGCGCAGAUCAGUAGUCGAGAGCAGGACGGCGGCGCGCGGCGAUAGCGACGACGAGGAAGACUGUGUCGGAGAGCGCGCGCUUCUGUGUGUCGAGUGUCGGGACGAUACCACUACAGCGCCGCGCGGCAGUCAUAGCGCCAGUCGAGACGGGAAGAGCCCCCUCGACGUCGGAGAGAGUCGUCGAUAAGGUCCGGAAUAACGUGAACAUACCGACCAUGUCGCCGCCGGGCUACGCGAGCGAGGUGCGUCUCCGGAGCAACGGCGCGGCCGCCGCGCCCGAGGAGAAGGCCGGCGUCGUGCCCGCGCCCCCCGCCUCCUCAGAGCCCGUCAAGGAAUUCAAAUCACCACUUGACAAAAGGUACCACGUGGAGCGCAGUGCCAUCCUCGGGUUGGGCAAGUCGCCGUCCCUGACGGGCUUCAUGAACCUCUUGUUCUGCCUCACCACGCUGGCCGGCACGGGGCUGCUGCUGGAGAAUCUCAACAAAUACGGUUUUCGCGUCGCCAUGACCCAGUGGACGCGCGCCUUCGACGCUCGCCAGAACGCGGCUGGAUUCUACCCGGCCGUGUACCUGUUUCUGUAUAUGCCGGUGCAGAUAUUUGUCGCAUUGGGGAUCGAAAAAGCCAUUGCCCUGGAGCGCGUGACGGAGGCGCAGGGCAUGAAAGCCCACUUUGUGAACCUGCUGUGGCACGUCGCUUACCCGGUGGUCGGCAUCUGGGCGGCCGGGGACUCCAUCAGCAUACUGGGCGGAGUGAUUCUGUGCCAGUUCAACGCCAUGGUGUUCCUCAAGAUGUGGUCCUUCGUGCACGCGUGCUGGUGGGCGCGGGAGAGGCGCAGUCACAGAGCGGCGGUGGCGGCUGCUGUGGGCUCCGGCUGUGGUGAGGUGGUGCACUCCAACGGCCACGGCGCCAGCAACGGACACGGCGGCGCCAGCAACGGGACCAGCAACGGCCUCGCCCGCGCGGCCGCUGGACAUCCGCCCGCUGUCCAGGCGGUGGUGCCGGCCACCGAGUACCCGGACAACCUGUCGGUGGGCAACAUGGCCUACUUCACGUUUGCGCCGACGCUGUGUUACGAGAUGGACUACCCUCGCCACCCAACCAUCAACUGGAGGAGAGUGGCGGUGCGCGCGACGAUGCUGGUGGUGGUGUUUCUGAUGCACAUGAGCAUGGCCCAGCAGUGGCUCAUCCCCUCGUACACCGCCGUGCUCACACCGCUCGCGAAAGGAGAGUGGUCCGUCGUGGCUGAGCGCAUCUGCAAGAUAGCGAUCCCCAACAACCUCGUGUGGCUCGUGUUCUUCUACGAGCUGUUCCACGUCAACAUGAUUCUGGUGAGCGAGCUGACGCGCUUCGCCGACCGCCGCUCGUACGACAGCUGGUGGGACUCGGAGGACAUGAACGUGUUCUGGCGCCGCUGGAACCUGCCCGUCCACCACUGGUGCAUCAGGUCCCCAUCGGCGACCUCAGCGAGUGGGUGUGCAAGCGACUGGGUCCGCGCUGGGGCAACGCCGUAGUGUGGUUCUCCGUGUGCGUGGGCCAGCCGCUCUCCGUCCUGCUGUACGUCCGCGACUACGUGGUGGCCUGCGACGGGCACGCGGCCCUCGCCGUCCUCGGAGAUUCGGCCUUCGCUACCUCAUGAGUGCUCAUCAUUGUGAUUUUCAGAACUCAACUUCUGUUGUUUCCAUUUACUUAACAGGGUAAAAUGUUUGUUUUUUUAUAUCGAAAUGUUACAUUAAUUUUAUUUUUGCGUGUUGUAUUGGUCCGAUGUCGGUCCUAAAAGUUGUAAUUUAUUCUAUGUUUUUUUAUAUAUAUACGGCGUACAACGCUGUUGUGUUGUGAAGUCAUUUCUAGUUUAUAUGUUAUGUUUGGUUCGUCGCGGGUUUUCGGGGGACCAAUCUUUGUUAAUGUUGUUGGCCACAGAUUUUUGUUGUCAGUAUUAUUGUGUUUACUUAAGUCCGACCGUCACACAAUCAUUCCACAUUCCUUUGUGCUUCAUUCAGCCGCCACAUCAUUCCACCGAAAUAUAUAAAAUAAAAUGAACCAGCGUGUAAUGUUGAAUUGAAAUAUGGUAACAAUAAAAAUCGUGGAGCAUCCCA